AUGGCUCGCAAUGGACCAGGGCCCUGGAACGAUCGCCGCCGGGUACUGGAGGAGACUGCUUGGCGGGCGAAGACCGAAAUCAGCCAGGCGCGAACCCAGCACCCCCUUGGCAGGGACAGGGCCACGAACGACAAGGACCGUGCCGGCCGCCGCCAUCAAGAGGGGCGAUGCGGAUCGAAGAUCAUUGGAGGCACAGCCGUUUCCCAAACGCCUCCCGAAAAGGUUGUUGUGCCUAUCUACACAGUAGCGUCAGUUGUCGUGGAGCUAUCGCAAAUUUCCACCUUUUCUCCAUAUUACCUAGGUCAAUUACAUCAGGAUCCUUUUUUAUUCCCCAACGAAUUCAUGGCUUCGGUUUCGCAACCUCCAGUCAACUGGGAGUCUGCCGGGUUUGCUCAAACAUGGCUCGAAAGUGAGACAACUGGGCCGAGGACUGGUGGCACUUUUGGCAAGUCGGAACUUUCUUUGUCCUCUCCUCUCGCCCCUCCGAUCUCCACCGACCAACCCCUUGGAAUGAGAACAUCUCCGGGCAAAUUGAUUGGGGCACUUGGGGGCCGCUUGAUGCCCAAGUCCAUAACUUCGUCCAAACCCCGCCGUUAUCUGGACGUGACGGUCGCUGCUGCUUGCAGCCAGUCCUCCAUGGCGAAUUCGAUAGCGCCGGUUGGUCAGCCUUCUGAGUUCUGA